AUGUGGGUGCAUCCAUCACUGUCAAAUUUCAGAUUUACUGUUGGCCAUCAUGUCAAGCGCAUUAUGUCUCGACUCCCUCGCGAUGUUGAGUUUGAGUUGGAACGAUGGGAGAGAUGUUUGAAUUACAUAAAUGGUGUGGCUGUUCCUAGUGAGAUUCAUAAGGUACUCCAAUAUUCAACUGCAUUUUUCUUGGAACGGCAUGCAAUUGUUAAAAAGUUAUCAAAUUUUGGGAUUGGAAAUAUGAGGCAACUAAAAUGCUGUGUUGUGGGGGAAUGUAAUGAGGUUGAAGUUAUUAUAGAUGAACCAGAAGCUCAAAAAGAAGGCAGUGAAGCCGAUGCUCGCAAAGAAUAUUAUGAAGCAAACGCUCAUGAAGAAGAAGCAGAUGCUCAUGAAGAAGAUGAUGAAGUAGAGGCUCACAGAGAAGAUGGUUGCAAUGGAAUUGUAUCUAAAACAUCUGGUGCUAAAAAAAUUGUUCUUGGAUCACUUGAAUACCUCAUGGGAGGAGCCAGUACAACCAAAGUGUUUAUCUCUUCUGACAUUCUUGACAUUGUGCACAUGUCCCCAAUUGACCACUAUUUUCACAACAGGGGAAAGGAUGGCAACGGUUGUUGGAUCGAAGAGAAAAGAAGAGAAAGGGGCGGCGGCAACUCAACGGCAUCGUUCACUCUAGGUUUCAUGUUUAGCCCCACGGAGGAGCAACUCAUAGACCACUACCUGAGGUUGAAGAACGAGGGCAAGUUGUCGGUCAUAAAGUCGGACAAACGGGAGUGGUUCUUCUUCCGCCGGCUUGACGACCAGAGGGAUGCUGGCGUCCUACUCCCUAGUAUUCCGCACAGCAAAAUUGGUAGUAAUCUGGCUUCAAAAUUGAUGACAAUCCGGACAAAAAUACUCUGGAUUUACAUCAUUGGCGAACCGAUUCCCAUCGUUGGCGAACCACCACGGCGGGCUACUGGGAAAGCACAGGAUCAACGUGGGGUGUCCUGGCCUAAAUCACUUCCAUCUCUUCCAAGCCUGAUUCUACCAGGAAAAAGACUUUCACAAGCAAAGAGCAAAAAUGAAUGCAUCCCAACUGGUCCUUUUGUGAAAACACCAUCUUCUGAUGGUUACAACUGGCGAAAAUAUGGUGAGAAGGGUUUGUUGAGUGGUGCUCUUAGUUAUUAUAGGUGCGCUUCUCGUGGAUGUUGCGCAAAGAAAAGGCAUAGCUUUGAUCACUCGGGGCGUGAAAUAGAGGUGCAUUAUGAAGGCAAACAUAAUCAUGAUAUACCUUGCCAGGGUGACUUUGUUCUGUGUCAUUUGUUUCAAAAGGGAUGGUUGGAUGAUAUCAAGGACGAUAAAAUAUACCACAGUGGCUCCUCUCUUAGUAAGGAAGCAGUGUUUCGAUGGGAAGAAUCUUUGCCGAAAGUUUUUGAUGAGGAAGGAACUGAAAAACGAAUAACUUUAGAGUCUCAAGGAGAGGUGUUUGACGUUGAAGCAUUUGAGAUGAAAUCGAAUUCUGAUGAAAUAGUUGACGAAAAUGGGGUAGAAUUUAAAGCUUCUGGGCCAGAUAAGAAAUUUGAAAUUGAAGAAAUUGGGAUAGAACCUGAAACUUCAGAUAUGGACUGGAAAACAUCUUCUAUGGGUUUGGAAAUAUACUCUGAUACAAUUAUUCAACGUGACUCACGUGAGAUACUUCAAUCAUGUCUCAUGUGCGGUGGUUUAGGAUUAACAGAGCCGCCCAAGGAUGAGGAAUGGGAGAAUGCCAAAAAGAUUUACCUAAUGGACAAUGAGUUAUCUGAUUUACCCAAGAAUCCAAGGUGCCCUGUGCUCUCGACAUUGUUCCUUCAGAGAAACUAUAAAUUGAGAACAAUCCCUCCCUCAUUUUUUGAUCACAUGCCUGCUCUUCAAAUCCUGAACUUAUCCGGGACUGGUAUCAAGUCUUUGCCAGAGUCUAUUAUCAGAUUGGUUAGCCUCAAAAGACUGUUUUUAAAUGAUUGUCAUCGUUUCAUGAUAUUGUCGCCUAAAGUUGGAGAACUAGAGCAGCUUGAGGUUCUUGAUCUUGAAGGGACAGAUAUUAUGGAUUUACCCAAGGAGAUUAAGGAGUUAACUAAUCUCACAUGCUUGGAAGUUUCAUUUUGUGCAUAUCUGAGUAAUGGUAGGAGAGCCACGCAAUCAGAUGUAGUGGUUCCGUGUGGCAUAAUUUCGGCAUUGUCUCAUUUAGAGGAGUUAAAUAUGAGUGUGAAUCCAGAUGACAAACGAUGGAGUGCAUGUGUGGAAGCUAUUGUUAUUGAAGUAUGUACCUUGCAGAGGUUGAACACUCUUAAAUUCUAUUUUCCGAGAGUGGAACUUGUGAGGCAUUUUCUAUUGAAUAGCCCAAUGUGGGUGCAUCCAUCACUGUCAAAUUUCAGAUUUACUGUUGGCCACCAUGUCAAGCGCACUAUGUCUCGACUCCCUCAUGAUGUUGAGUUUGAGCUGGAACGAUGGGAGAGAUGUUUGAAAUACAUAAAUGGUGUGGAUAUUCCCACAGAGAUUAAGGAGGUACUGCAAUAUUCAACAGCAUUUUUCUUGGAACGGCAUGCAACUGUUAAGAAGCUAUCAGAUUUUGGGAUUGGAAAUAUGAAACAACUAAAAUGUUUUGUUGUGGGGGAAUGUAAUGAGGUUGAAGUUAUUAUAGAUGAAACAGAUGCUCGCAAAGAAGACAAUGAAGCAGAUGCUAAUGAAGAUGAUGAUGUAGAUGCUUGGGAAGAAGAUGAUCGCAAUGAAAUUGUAUCUAAAACAUCUGGUGCUAUAAAAAUUGUUCUUGGAUCACUUGAAUACCUCUACAUAUAUUAUACGAAGAAUCUAAGGAGGAUAUGGGAGGGGCCAUUACAACCAAAGUGUUUAUCUAUUCUAAAGUCCAUGACAUUGCGCACAUGUCCCCAAUUGACCACUAUUUUCACAACAAGUUUACUUGAUAACCUCUAUAAUUUAGAAGAGCUUACAGUUGAAGAUUGCCCCUCCAUUAAAACUUUAGUAAGUUGCAAAAUUUCUGCUAAGCCUAAAACCUCUGACUUUCUCCCGAAUUUGAAGAGGAUUUCGCUUUAUUACAUGCCUGGAUUAGUUAGCAUCUCUAGUGGUUUACACAUUGCACCAAGAUUGGAAUUGCUGAGUUUCUAUAAUUGUCCAAAUCUUAAGCACCUAUUGAUUGAGGAAGUAUCCAGUAAAGAUUUAAAGAAGAUCAAGGGUGAGUGGAAUUGGUGGGUAGCACUGAAGUGGAGAAGCGGCCGUCCGAGUUACUUGGAUGACAUUUUUGUUCCAAUCAACAUAUGAGAUUGCCCUGUGCUUGAGAUUUUCCCUAAUGGGAAUUAGUCUUAGCUUUUCCCUUUGCAGGUCUUGUAAUUGUAAGUCGAUGCAUCCUAUCCUUGGACUGCUUUCUCACUCCUAUGCUCAUACUCUUGUAUCAACUAUGCCAUUGAGUGCUGAUAUUGAGUUUGUUGCCUCCUCUGCUCUAAUAGAAGACAGUGUAUCAUGUGUCACAUGCAGUUGGAUUUUCUUUUAUAAUUACAAGAAAGUUGUGUUGUAGAAUAUGGAAUUGUAUGUGUAGGAAGAGAGUUGACAAUGCUUUCUUAUACUUCUACCUCUAUCUUAUUUGAGAAAUGUUUUUCUAAGGGAUAGUUGAGAUAGCAUUGUGGCAAUGGCAGGCAACAAGGUUGGGUGUUGAGGGUGGCUGGCUUUCUUAGUAGACGAUAGAACUCAAUACAUGUAAUAUAUUUUCUUCCUUGGGCAUAUACCCUUGGGUCAAGCAAAAGAUUAUGGUUCGUAUGGUAAAACUUUUUAGAUGGUGCUUUUUGUUUUUUGGUUGUGAUGUGACAUAAAGAUAAAAGUAAUUUUGAAUAUUCUAUGAGAAUUUUGUGUUUCGAUAUGUUUGUUAAUGCUUUUGGUUUUUUGCUAAAAAGCAAAAAGUAGUCCUAAUGAGUGUUGCCAAACGAGACCCACAUCAUUUAAUGAGCAUUUUUUCUUCA